AUGUAAUUACUAAGCCAAAUGAAAUCAUGUUCUGAAAAUUAUUUUAUAAAUUAUAAUAUUACUUUUAAUUCAUAGAUAAUUAUAUUUAAAAUAGUUGUGAGGGUCAAGAAAAAGAUUAUUAUUUUAAAACUAAUAGAAUCUUAGAUUAAUAAUAAUGAUUAAAAUUCAAUAAAAACUAAAUUUUACAUUAAAUUAGAUGAUUAAGCUUUAACUAAUGCUUAAUUUAAAUAAAUUAUGAAUUAACUUUGUAAAAAAUUUGAAUAUGAUUCUAUUCCACCUUAUACAGAUUCAAUUCAAAAAUCUAAUUUACUAGAAUAAACAUUUUUGGUUCUUUUUGCAAUCUUUAUAAAUACGAUUAUAAUUUAAGGAACUUUAUAAUUAAUUCAAAAUUUUUAAUUUAAAAAUAUUCUUUAAUCCUAAAGGUAGAAUUACAACCCCUAAGACAGAGAAAGAUCAUAUUAAAUAAGAUGA